UCGCACACUCCACCAACUACAGGGAAGGACACCAAAGAAAGAAAUCUGAUUUUGCAGCAUUGUGCCCUGGCCAUGGAACGAAAUAUACAGCGCUAUCAACAGUAUCACGAAGUCGACGGCUUCAACACAUGCAAGAGCUUUCCAGAAGAAUGCGUCCGUUCAGCUCUCCGCUACAAGGCGCGACCGGGCGACCUCUUCAUCGUCAGCUACCCCAAGUGCGGGACAACAUGGAUGCAGCACAUUGCAUACAACAUCAUAAACAAUCACCCUCCCCCCAGAAAUCAGCUGCUCAGCUGGAUAGAGAUGCCUUUCCUUGAACUCCAAGGAGCCGAAUGUGUUGAGGACAUGAAGAAGCCGGGCUUCAUCAAGACACACAUGUCUUUCCGCUUCCAACCCUACUCAAAGGACGCCAAGUACAUCUACGUAGCGAGAAACCCGUACGACUGCUGCGUGGCCUAUUUCUACCACACCAGGAACAUGCCCGACUACCGCUUCCAAGAGGGCACGUUCGAUGAGUUCUUCGACAUGUUUGUUGAAGGAAAGGUUGACUUUGGCGACUACUUCGACCAUUUGCUCUCUUGGCAUGCACACAGAGAUGAUCCGAACGUCUUGUUCGUAACCUACGAACAGCUCAAGAAGGACAUCAAUGCUUGGGUCGUGAAGAUUGCCGAGUUCAUUGGGGAAGAGUUCGCCCAGAAGCUGCGUAGCGACAACAGUCGGUUAGAGAACGUAUUACUGAACAUUAGCGUUAAGAACAUGAAGGAAACUGUCAACGAUUCUAUGAAAACCUUAUUUGAUGAUCUCGAGACCGCACUUGGUACAAAGGUUCCCAAAUGGGUCGCACUAAUAAAGAAAUCGAUAGGAGUUGAGGCCUGCGAUGAGCCGAUGACAGGCGAUUUUGUUCGCAAAGGCGUCGUCGGUGAUUGGCGGAACCACUUCUCGGAAGAUCAGGUGAAGCGAUUAAAGAAGCGAAUUCAUGAGAAGACGCCAGGCAGUGAUGUGAUGGAUUUGUGGAAGGACGCCGAUAUUCCGCACUGAGUGUUUAAUGCUGGGUGAUUUGCGAGACUCGUACCGGUGAUGAAAUGCAAACGGAUCAAGUAUUGCUUCCUUACGCUUGCUGAUCUUCCGUCAGAACUUUUGCGCUGGUAUAAAAUGAAGGAAAUUCUAUUGGAAGUUUCGCAGAAAUGCUAAACUUUGGGCGAUUUCGCGAGACUCCUGUGGGUGAUGAAAUGCGAACGUAUGAAGUACAGCUUCCUUACGCUUGUUUAUGGUCCUUUAGAUAUUUUGCACUGGUAUAAAAUAAACGAGAAGGCUAGGGGAAUUGUCGCAGAAAUCGAGGUUGCAAGAUUCCAUCAGAACCAUUACAGUUCAACAAUUGUACGAGCUCUUCUGUUUGCGAAUGCCUCAUGUGUGUCAUGUGGUCCUUAAUGUUCUUGUAACUUGCUAGCUCUCUUGUAACUUUCUAGCGCAGUUGUAACAGUAACGCUGCUUGUACAAACUUGCGGAUUGCGGAUUUCAUUGGGGAAGAGUUCGGCCCGAAGCUCCGGAAGGAAGGAAGGAAGGACGAAAGAGAAAAGAAGAAGGCAGGGAGGUUAACUAGAAUAACGUCUGGUUGGCUACCCUACACCGGGGGAAUGGGAAAGGGGAAAGAAAAGAUCACAGGGAGAGAGGGGAGGGAAGGACAGAAGGAAAUUACGGCAAGUUCGCUGACACGUGUGGUUUUACAAAAAUUGCCUUAACAGACACAGGUGGUCGCACAAACCCGUCGUCCUUAAGAAACACAAAAGUGCCUUCACCGCUUCAUGGGCCGACGGGCGAUGGGGGCGGUGUUCCAGCAGCACCUGCACAGAAAGCGGCCGAUUGUCCAGUUUUUGGAAAGCUUUGGCAAGUUCUUGUCUCUCUAGGGCAUAUCUUGGACAGUGGCACAGCAGGUGGUCGAUGUUUUCUUCGGUGCCACAGACCUCGCAUGCUGCACUGUCAGUCACUCCAAUUAAUGUAGAGUAUGUCUUUGUGAAAGCCACUCCUAACCAAAGGCGACAGAGAAGCGUAGCUUAGCGUCGUGGAAGUCCGGGUGGAGGUCGGAGCUGCAGGGAGGGGUUUAGUCGAUGUAGUCGUGUCAGUCGUAAGUUUUGCGAGUUCCACUCGCUCAAUGUGAGGCUACGUGCCAGGUAUCGAAGCUGCCUUGCAGCGUCAGUCCUCGAAAGCGGAAUCGGAAUGCUGUGCUCUUCUUGAUGGGCUGUGCGAGCAGCGUUAUCGGCGGAAUCAUUGCCACUGAUUCCACAGUGGCCAGGUACCCACUGAAAAACGACUUCGCGGCCUUUUUGUUGGACGUCAUGGUGAAGUUUCACGACUUCGUAUGUCAAUUGCUCAUGACAUCCGUGCCGGAGAACUGACUGCGUGCACUGUAAUGCCGGUUUUGAAUCACAGAACACAGCCCAUUUUCUGGGUCUUUCCGAAUCAAUGAAUUCCAGUGCACGACGCAGGGCCGUUAGUUCUGCCGCCGUUGAGGUCGUGACAUGCGAUGUCUUGAACCGCAGUGUCAUUCCUCGCGUUGGUAUAACCACGGCACCACCAGAACUGCACGACGUAGUCGAUCUGUCGGUAUAGAUGUGCACGUGGUUGCUGUACUUUUCAUGCAGAAGAAGUAAGCUCAGCUGUUCUAGAGCAGGGGCCGGUAGAUCUGUCUUCUUCUGUAGUCCUGGAAUCAUUAUCUCAACUUGUGGACGGCUCAAACACCACGGAGGAAACGCUGGCGUGGCCGCAGGUGCGUACCCUGAGGUAAACGACGCACGAUGUGCACUAACAAUACCGCUAAAUGUCGAGCAAGGCCUUGCAGCAGUGAGGCUGGCCAAGUGGUGGGAAGGGGACCUAGCAUAAUGCCUGAGAUGUAUACGCAUUGUCUCAACGGCAAUGUGCGUCGUGAUCGGGUAAUCCUGCGCUAGGGUAAUGGUUUCAGCCGUUGAUGCACUGCGUGGUAAGCCAAGACAUAUCUUAAGGGCUUGGGCUUGAAUGCUCUGAAUCGUACGCAGGUUAGUCUCGCAGGUGUUGGAUAUUGCAGGCAGGCUGUAGCGCAGGAAUCCAACGAACAACGCCAUGUACAAGUGUAACAUAGCGUGUAUAGAUGCUCCCCAACUUUUUUCUGCAAGGAACCUGAACAGGUGACAGAUAGUAGUCAGCCGCUUUUUCACGUAAUUGACGUGCGGAGUCCAAGACAGGUCUCUGUCAAUUACGACUCCCAAGAACCUGUGACUUCUGCUGUAUGCUAUAAGUUGUCCGUUAAUAGAUACGCCGUAACCAGACAUUGGCUUCCUCGUGAAUGCCACCAUUGCGCACUUUCCGCAUGAAAGUUCAAGUCCUUGUUGACGAAGGUAGCAAGAUGUCUUUGUGGCUGCCUUCUGAAGCCGAGCACGAAGCUGAAGUCGUGUCACACCUGAUGCCCAAAUGCAGAUGUCGUCCGCAUAGAUGGAAAGUCGUACGGUGCUUGGCAGGUUGUAAACUAAUCCACUGAGGGUGAGAUUGAAGAGAGUCGGGCUAAGCACUCCUCCUUGAGGGACUCCUCGGCUACCGUAUUGCUCGGACGUCGGGCCAUUUUCUGUGUGCAUGUAGAAUGAUCUCCUCUGUAAGUAGCUGGACACCCACUCCGAAGCUCCGGAGUGACAAAAGUCGGUUAGAGAAUGUACUACAGAACAUCAGCUACAAAAUCAUGAAGGAAAGUGUGAAUGACUCAACGAAACACAUGCUCGAUAACUUUGAGAGCGUGCUCGGUGGAAAGGUGCCCAAAUGGCUUGCACUUAUGAGGGAGUCAGUAGGAGCUGAGACCUUGAAUAAGCCGACAUCGGGCGUUUCUGUUCGCAAAGGUGUCGUCGGUGAUUGGCGGAACCACUUCUCGGAAGACCAGCUCAAGCGGCUAAGGAAGAGGAUUGUGGAAAAGACGCGAGGCAGCGAUGUCAUGGUUUUGUGGAACAACGCUGAUAUUCCACGCUAAGCAUUUUAGGCAGGACCUUCAUUCAUUUCUAAAAGCUCCUACCGCUGAUUAAAUACCAACGGAUCAAGCUGUUUAAGCUUACGUGUGCUUCUUA